AUGCGGAGGACUGCAGUUAUAUUUGCUGAAAGGGCUACAACAAGCACUUUGAUAGAAUUCAAAGAUGCCCUCUCUAGUACACUACUUUCAGUUCUGGAUUCAUGGAAUGUCGAUUUCAAAACCUAUAGAUAUCAGGUGAAAAACAUACCGCCCGGUGAAUCCAAGUUAAUGUGUUCGAUAACUUUCUCCCAUCAUGACAAAAAAACUGUGCUGAUAAAAAACAAUGUUUGUAUGGUAACUACUGCAACUUUGAAUGACAAAUCUUCAAGCCUUCUUUCCAACGGAUGCUGUGGGGAUACCCCAGAGCCAAUUGAUGCAAUUUUAUCCACAAAACUAUCGAACAUUUGGUCCCAACGGCAAAGCAUAAAAGGAGAAGCUGGCGAGACAUUUCAGACCACUGACCUCAUAGUUAGAGCAAUUAAUCUCUUUUCAUCAACCGGGUUUAAAGGACUGCUUAUCGAGAUCACUUCUAAUGAAGAUGCAACAGAGGAAGAAUUCGCAGAGAAGCUCGUCAGUUUGCAAAGCCUUUUGAAGGAUAUAGAAGUCAAAGAUAUGAGAAUAUCUGAUGAACGCUUAUAUUUCUCCGGAAAUGAUUACAUAUGCGACUUGGCACAUCAAUACGUCCGAGUUUUAAAUUUUUGA